AUGGGGGAGGUCCAUCUGUUAUUACCCUCACUCCCUCCUCACCCACACCUCCCCCUCCUCACCCACACCUCCCCCUCCCUCACCCACACCUCCCCCUCCCUCACCCACACCUCCCCCUCCUCACCCACACCUCCCCCUCCCUCACCCACACCUCCCCCUCCCUCACCCACACCUCCCCCUCCCUCACCCACACCUCCCCCUCCCUCACCCACACCUCCCCUCCCUCACCCACACCUCCCCCUCCUCACCCACACCUCCCCCUCCCUCACCCACACCUCCCCCUCCUCACCCACACCUCCCCCUCCCUCACCCACACCUCCCCCUCCCUCACCCACACCUCCCCCUCCUCACCCACACCUCCCCCUCCCUCACCCACACCUCCCUCACCCACACCUCCCCCUCCUCACCCACACCUCCCCCUCCCUCACCCACACCUCCCCCUCCCUCACCCACACCUCCCCCUCCUCACCCACACCUCCCCCUCCCUCACCCACACCUCCCCCUCCCUCACCCACACCUCCCCCUCCUCACCCACACCUCCCCCUCCCUCACCCACACCUCCCCCUCCCUCACCCACACCUCCCCCUCCUCACCCACACCUCCCCCUCCCUCACCCACACCUCCCCCUCCCUCACCCACACCUCCCCCUCCCUCACCCACACGUUAGCACACGUUAGCACACGUUAG